GAGCAGCCGAACAUUAUGAGCCGAGUCUGAACUGAUAGCGGCGCAAGGGGUGUCAACACGGUUGUGACGGCAGCUGCUGGCUGGUCGAGGCUGGGUACUGACGGCUGUGUUGCUCUAUCGGGUUCUAGGGUGCCCUUCGCGAUAACUGCUUGUGUUCUUUUCGCGGCGUUUGCACGCACAAAAAUGUGCGACCGCCCGGUCUUGCCUGCUGCGUCAGUUAGCUGUGCGAAGCAGCGACAGUCGUGAGGUCACGUGCGUGAAUACGCUCAGCUGGGUUUGUGCUGUUGUGUGCAGAAGCGCUGCUACUCUCUGUCUCCGGUCAGCAUUGCAGAACGCCCCCUUUCAUGAGCGUGUGCUUGCACGGCCCUCAAAACUAGCGGCAUUCCUCUGCUAGCUUGCAAUCACCUCAGCUGGCCGAGCAAUGGACCCGUUGGGCUCACCGUUGGACAUUGUAGACGUUGCGGUCCUGAAACGAUGGCACCAAAUAGCGCCUCGGGAGCCUGUCCUUGAAGAAGAGGACGGGCCGGGUGCUCAAGAAAACUGCUGCCGCGAGUAUACACCGUUUCCUAUCAACGAAGAGCUGAACCGAAAAAUUGCCCUUUGGGUUGGCGACAUGACCUGCCUGAAUGCCCAUGCCAUUGUCAACUCCACAAACGAAAAUCUGACGGACAGAAGUCCUCUAAGUCAAAGGCUUGUAGCGAGGGCUGGACCACAAAUGAAGCAAGACUUGCUCAACGAAAUUCUGUCCUGCCGUACUGGAGAAGCCAAAUUGAGCAAGGGGUACAACCUUCCAGCACGUUUUGUGAUCCACACUGUAGGGCCCAAGUACAAUGUCAAGUUUCACACAGCCGCAGAGACAGCCCUUCAUUCGAGCUACUGGCGGGUGCUGCAGAUGAUACCCGAGCAUGGGCUUCGCACCCUUGGGCUGUGCCCGAUCCAUUCCAUGCGCAGGUCCUACCCCACUACAGAAGGAGCCCACAUAGCUCUUAGAACAAUUCGUCGCUUUCUUGAAAGACAUGGGGACACAGUGGACCUCAUUGUCGUCACUGUAGAAGGUGGUGAGGUGGGCACAUAUGAGCAGUUGCUACCACUGUACUUCCCCCGCACCAGCCUGGAGGAACAGCAUGCACAGCGGCGGCUUCCCAAGGAUAUCGGUGGGCCUCGUGGAGAACCUCUACUGCCCGAGAGGGGUAUCCGCAUUGUCGACAAGCCCUUUGGAGGUAAACUUAGCAAUUGAUUGGUUGGUUUGGGA